AUGGCUACCGUCGCCACCAAGACCGGCCAGGAUGUUGACCGCAACGUCCUGGACUCAAUGCUCCGCCGUCGCAUGUUCUACACCCCCUCCUUCGAGAUCUACGGUGGUGUGUCGGGUCUCUACGACUAUGGCCCACCUGGAACCGCCCUUGUCGCCAACAUGACCGACUUGUGGCGCAAGCACUUCGUCCUGGAGGAGGAUAUGCUGGAGGUCGACACCACCAUGCUCACCCCCCACGAAAUUCUCAAGACUAGCGGGCACGUGGACAAGUUCGCCGACUGGAUGUGCAAGGACCCCAAGACUGGCGAGAUCUUCCGUGCGGAUCACCUUGUGGAAGAGGUCCUCGAGGCCCGCCUGAAGGGCGACAAGGAGGCCCGUGGCCAGAAGGUAGUCGUUGACGAGGAGAAGGAGGCCAAGAAGAAGAGAAAGGCCAAGGGUGACAAGAAGGCUGUUCAGUUGGACGAUGCUCUCGUCAAGGAGUACGAGGAGUGUCUGGCACAGAUCGAUAAUUUUGAUGGCCCCGAGCUUGAGAAGAUCAUCACCAACAGCAACAUGCCCGGCUACCUGCGUCCCGAGACCGCCCAGGGUCAGUUCCUGAACUUCGCCAAGCUGCUUGAGUUCAACCAGCAGUCCAUGCCCUUUGCUUCUGCCUCCAUUGGCAAGUCCUUCCGUAACGAGAUCUCUCCCCGUGCCGGUCUUUUGCGUGUGCGUGAGUUCCUUAUGGCUGAGAUUGAGCACUACGUCGACCCCGAGGGUGGCAAGAAGCACCCCCGCUUCGUCGAGGUCAAGGACCUUGAAAUGUCCCUGCUUGACCGUAAUGUGCAGCUGUCUGGCAGCACCAAGACCACCAAGAUGACCAUCGGCCAGGCCGUGGAGACUGGUCUAGUGGAUAACGAGACCCUCGGUUACUUCCUGGGUCGUAUCCAGCUCUUCCUGCUUAAGCUGGGUAUCGAUUUCAACAAGCUGCGUUUCCGUCAGCACAUGGCCAACGAGAUGGCCCACUACGCCGCUGAUUGCUGGGAUGCUGAGCUCCAGACUAGCUACGGCUGGAUUGAGUGUGUUGGCUGCGCUGACCGCAGUGCCUACGAUUUGACCGUGCACAAGAACAAGACCGGUGCCCCGCUUGUGGUUCGUGCCACCCGCGCUGAGCCAUUGCGCAUUGAGGAGUACCAGAUCGACCUCGAGAAGAAAAAGUUCGGACCCCGCUUCAAGAAGGACGCCAAGGCCGUUGAGUCGGCCAUCGAUGCUUUGUCCCAGGAGCUGCGUGAGAAGCUGUCCCUGGACCUGGAGAAGGACGGCAAGAUCGAGAUUGAGGUUGCUGGUGUUGGAUCUGGCAAGGUCGAGCUGGAGAAGGACCUUAUCACUAUUGAGAAGCGCACCCGCGUUGACAAUGUCCGCGAGUACACUCCCAACGUCAUUGAGCCGUCCUUUGGUAUCGGCCGUAUUAUGUACAGCAUGAUCGAGCAUGUCUACUGGUCCCGUGAGGGUGAUGAGGCUCGUGGUGUCCUGUCUUUCCCUCCCUCAAUUGCCCCUACCAAGGUCCUGCUGGUCCCUCUGUCCACCAACCCUGCCUUCAAGCCCCUGACCCAGCGUCUUACUUCCAAGUUGCGCCGUCUUGGUGUCUCUAACCGUGUGGACGACUCAUCCGCUUCCAUCGGUAAGCGUUACGCUCGCAACGACGAGCUGGGUACCCCCUUCGGUAUCACUGUCGACUUCCAGUCCGUUAAGGACAACACCUUCACUCUCCGUGACCGCGACUCCACCAAGCAGGUCCGUGCCAGCGAAGAUGAGAUCCUGGCCGCUCUUAAGUCCCUCACCGAUGGUGACGAGACCUGGGCUGAUGUGGCUAAGCGGCUGCCUGAGUUCACUGGUCAGGAAGUGGAGUAG